GAGAGGCUCCGUCCUCUCUGGAUCCCUUCCAAACCCUUAGGAUACCCCGCGCAGUCCCCGGCACGACGAGGAUGCUGAGGCUGGAGGAGUAGGAGCGGAGUCUCCCCAUUCAGCCGGACCCGAAAGAGGCGCCCCCCGCAGCAAUCUCCGUCGUCUUCUCCUCUUUCCCGCUCGCCCGGCAAUGCGCCCCGGAGUUGGAGCGCGGAGGAGCUGGGUGGAUCAUCGGGGUACCGGCUCCCACCCUCCUCGCCGCUAACCGGGGACUCCCUCCUUUCCCCAGCCCUCCUUCCCCGGAUCUUGGGGGAGAAAGAAGGCGCCAAAAGUGACGAGAAGCUCCCGUGCCGGCUGCGGUCUGGAUCCCGAUGGAGAGAGCGGGGUUUACGCAGCCGCCCCAGCGGGAGGGGAGGAGGCUCCCUCGCCGCUUCUGAAGCCCCUUCCUUUCCCGAGCCAGCCCCGCUGCCACCCCACACCGCGAAGCUCCCCAUGGCCAGCGAUUCUUCCCCACCAGCCCCAUGGCCGGCUCAUCAUCCUAACGCCUAAGGAGCUCCUGCCCUCUCCUCUCCCGCUCCCUGCCUCUCUUCUCCCGGGGCGCAUCUUCUUUCCUUCGGUCAGCUCGUCGGACCCGGGUCUGGUGGCCGGAGAAUGGACGAGGAUGGACCGCGAGCAGCCGAGGAGCAGGACCCGGAGGAGGACAGCGCCUCCAAGACCUUCGUCCGCCUUAACGAUCUCUCGGGAGAUGGAGGUCGCUCGGUCCCCGGGGACAAGGAGAAGGACCCGGGCAGCGGGGACUCGGACGGCGAAGCGCUCCCUUACCCGGCCCUCGCGCCGAUCGUCUUCUUCUAUUUGAGCCAGCACAGCCGACCCAGGAGCUGGUGCCUCAGGAUCGUGUGCAACCCCUGGUUUGAAAGAGUCAGCAUGCUGGUAAUUCUCCUGAACUGUGUCACUCUGGGCAUGUUCCACCCUUGUGAAGAUAUGGGCUGUGACUCCCCACGCUGCAAGAUUCUUCAGAGCUUUGAUGAUUUUAUCUUUGCCUUCUUUGCUGUGGAAAUGAUCAUCAAGAUGGUUGCACUAGGGAUUUUCGGGAAGAAAUGUUACCUGGGAGACACAUGGAACCGUCUGGAUUUUUUCAUUGUCCUGGCUGGCAUGUUGGAAUACUCUCUGGACUUGCAGAAUGUCAGUUUCUCAGCUGUUCGGACCGUCAGGGUACUCCGGCCGUUGAGAGCCAUUAACAGAGUUCCUAGUAUGCGCAUCCUGGUCACGCUGCUUUUGGACACGCUUCCCAUGUUGGGGAACGUUCUCCUCCUCUGCUUUUUUGUCUUCUUCAUUUUUGGUAUUGUUGGAGUCCAGCUUUGGGCAGGGCUGCUCAGGAACCGCUGCUUCCUUCCAGAAAACUUCAGUUUCCCUUACACAAUCGAGGUGGAACCCUACUACCAGACAGAGAAUGAAGAUGAAAGCCCUUUUAUCUGCUCUCAGCCUCGAGAGAAUGGGAUGCGUUACUGUCGCGACAUCCCAACAAGGAGGGAAGAAGGUCUGCAAUGCACCUUGGACUAUUAUUCCUACAACGACACCACGAACACCUCUUGUGUCAACUGGAACCAGUAUUACACAAACUGCUCUGCAGGGGAGCACAACCCUUUCAAAGGAGCAAUCAAUUUCGAUAACAUUGGAUAUGCAUGGAUUGCAAUAUUUCAGGUCAUCACUCUGGAGGGCUGGGUAGAUAUUAUGUACUUUGUCAUGGAUGCUCAUUCGUUCUACAACUUCAUAUAUUUCAUUCUCCUGAUCAUUGUGGGCUCUUUCUUCAUGAUAAACCUCUGCUUAGUGGUCAUAGCAACACAGUUCUCGGAGACUAAGCAGCGGGAGAGCCAGCUGAUGAAGGAACAGCGAAUCCGCUACCUCUCCAAUGCUAGCACUCUGGCCAGCUUCUCAGAGCCGGGGAGCUGCUAUGACGAACUCCUCAAAUAUCUCGUCUAUGUCCUCCGUAAGGCCAGCAAGCAACUAGUGGAGGUCUACCGAACCACAGGGGUGAGGAUGGGGUUUCUCUCCAGCCCGGGUAGCAAGAGCAGUGCAGAGCGGCAGCCGUGCAAACACCGGCCGCGGAAAAGGUCCUCGGUGCAUCAUCUCAUUCACCACCACCAUCACCACCACCACCACUAUCACCUGGGCAACGGAAGCCUUCAGGCACCACGCGCCAGCCCUGAAAUCAGCGACGUCGAAACCAGCUCGCUUCACAAUGGUGCAAAUAGGCUGAUGCUCCCUCCAACAGCCAAUCCUCACCCCACGGCCAGCAACGCUGAGUCCGUUCACAGCAUCUACCAUGCAGACUGUCAUUUUGAGCCCAUUCGCUGCAGAUCAUCUCUCCCGCCUCAGCCUGGCCUCAGCUUACCGGGGCCAGAGGUGCUUCCCAGGACUGUGGUUGGCAGCAAGGUCUACCCUACUGUACACCCAAGUAACUCCCAUGAACUGCUGAAAGAAAAAGGUUUAACAGAGCCCACGUUGAACCCUGGGGCCAGCACCCUGAUGAACCUUAAUAUCCCCCCGGGACCGUAUAGUCCAAUGCAGAAGCUACUGGAGACACAGAGCACUGGUGCUUGUCAAAGUUCCUGCAAGAUUUCCAGCCAGUCUGGAAAACCCAGCAAUACUUGCAACCCAGAUAGUUGUCCAUACUGCAUGAAGACCUUGGCUAACGAUCCAGAGCUGGUGGACAAUGAAGUGGGAGAUUCUGACAGCGACGGGGUAUAUGAGUUUACUCAGGACGCUCACUACAGUGAUCAGAGGGACCCUCAGCGUUGGAAAGCCCGGGGAAGAAACACCUUAAAAUUCCUAGCCUUCUGGAAGGUGGUUUGUGAGACGUUUCGGAAGAUUGUAGAUAGCAAGUACUUUGGCCGUGGGAUCAUGAUAGCUAUCCUGAUCAAUACCCUCAGCAUGGGGAUUGAGUAUCACGAGCAGCCUGAAGAACUCACCAAUGCACUGGAAAUCAGCAAUAUUGUCUUCACUAGUCUCUUUGCCCUAGAAAUGCUUCUGAAACUGCUCGUGUACGGCCCUUUUGGCUACAUCAAAAAUCCAUACAAUAUAUUUGAUGGGAUCAUCGUAGUGAUCAGUGUCUGGGAGAUAGUGGGACAGCAGGGUGGAGGCUUGUCUGUUCUACGGACCUUUCGCCUUAUGAGAGUCCUGAAACUGGUCCGUUUCAUGCCUGCUCUCCAGCGCCAGCUGGUGGUGCUCAUGAAAACGAUGGACAAUGUUGCCACAUUCUGCAUGUUGCUGAUGCUUUUCAUAUUUAUCUUCAGUAUUCUUGGGAUGCAUCUCUUUGGCUGUAAAUUUGCUUCGGAGAGAGAUGGAGACACUCUUCCCGACAGGAAGAACUUUGAUUCCUUGCUCUGGGCCAUCGUUACUGUUUUCCAGAUACUGACUCAGGAAGACUGGAAUAAAGUCCUGUACAACGGCAUGGCUUCUACCUCUUCCUGGGCUGCCCUCUACUUCAUUGCCCUCAUGACAUUCGGAAACUACGUUCUCUUUAACUUGUUGGUUGCCAUCUUGGUGGAAGGUUUUCAAACAGAGGAAAUCACCAAACGGGAAGCAGCGAGUAGGCAGUUAAGCUGUAUUCAGCUGCCUGUCGACUCGUCAGUGGGUGAUGCUACUAAAUCUGAUUCUGAAGGGGAGCUUUUCCCCCGUAGUCUGGAAGAAGACUGUGGGCUUAAGAACUUUUCAAAUCCAGCCUUGAUGGCUCUUUGUGACCACCCAGAGCUAAAGAAGAGCUUAACACCUCCGCUCAUCAUCCACACCGCCGCUACACCAAUGCCCAUGCCGAAAAGUGCCAUCUAUGGGGAAGCGGCUCAAGGCUAUGAUUCCCGAAGAGCUAGUAGCAUCUCCAUGGAUCCUAAUACAUAUGAUCUCAAAUCUCCGAUGAGCGCCCGGAGUUCCCCACACAGUCCUUGGAGUGCUGGAGGUAGCUGGAACAGCCGCAGGUCAAGCUGGAACAGCAUAGGGCGGGCUCCCAGCUUGAAACGUCGCAACCAAAGUGGAGAGCGCAAGUCACUUUUGUCCGGGGAUGGGAAGCAGAGUUCAGAGGAAGGGGAAAGCUCUGAUGAAGAGCAGUCCAGUCGGACUGGGAGCAUUAAUGGCACUAUACCUCACCGCAUUGAGUCACUGGAAACCAAAGGCUCUUUUGACUUCCAAGAUACACUUCAGGUGCCUUCUCUAUACCGGACCAGCAGCAUACACAGUAGCCACACCUCCGCAUCAGAGCACCAAGAUUGCAAUGGUAAAACAACCUCCAGAGUUCUGAUACAGCAGCUUCAUUUGGAAGAUCCACUUCCUGAAUGUGACGAUAUGGAUGAUGAAGGCAACUUGAGUAAAAAGGACCGUAUGAAGGCUUGGAUAAGGGCACGCCUCCCCACCUGGUGCAAAGAAAGAGAUUCCUGGUCUAUCUACAUCUUCGCUCCUCAGUCUAAAUUCCGUGUGAUAUGCAAUAAAAUAAUUACUCACAAGAUGUUUGAUCAUGUCGUCUUGGUAAUCAUCUUUCUGAAUUGCAUCACCAUUGCGAUGGAACGUCCCAAAAUUGAGCCACACAGUGCUGAACGAAUUUUCCUCACACUCUCCAACUAUAUUUUCACAGCAAUCUUCCUGGCUGAAAUGACCAUCAAGGUGGUGGCGUUAGGCUUGUGCUUUGGUGAGAAGGCAUACUUGAGAAGUAGUUGGAAUGUGCUGGACGGGGUGUUGGUUCUCAUCUCAGUGGCUGACAUCCUGGUUUCGAUGGUUUCCGAUAGCGGCACAAAAAUCCUUGGAAUGCUAAGAGUCUUGAGGCUACUGCGAACUCUCAGACCAUUAAGGGUCAUUAGCCGAGCACAAGGGCUGAAGCUGGUGGUGGAAACCUUGAUGUCAUCCCUAAAACCCAUUGGAAACAUUGUUGUCAUCUGCUGUGCUUUCUUCAUCAUUUUUGGCAUCUUGGGGGUCCAGUUGUUCAAAGGGAAGUUUUUUGUCUGCCAAGGGGAAGACACAAGGAACAUUACCAACAGGUCGGACUGUGCAGAAGCCAGCUACAAAUGGGUCCGGCACAAGUAUAAUUUUGAUAAUCUCGGCCAGGCCUUAAUGUCUCUGUUUGUUUUGGCCUCCAAAGAUGGGUGGGUGGACAUCAUGUAUGAUGGAUUGGAUGCUGUGGGAGUGGAUCAGCAGCCAGUCAUGAACUAUAACCCUUGGAUGCUCCUCUACUUCAUCUCCUUCCUGCUGAUUGUUGCCUUCUUUGUCCUCAACAUGUUUGUGGGAGUUGUGGUGGAGAAUUUCCAUAAGUGUCGUCAGCAUCAGGAAGAAGAAGAAGCCAAGAGACGAGAGGAGAAGAGACUCAAGCGGCUGGAGAAAAAGAGAAGGAGUAAGGAGAAACAGAUGGCUGAUCUAAUGCUGGAUGAUGUAAUAAUGGACAGCUCAGCCAGUGCAGUGCCAGAGGCACAGUGUAAACCCUACUACUCUGAUUACUCUCGCUUCCGACUUCUGAUUCAUCAAAUGUGCACCACCCAUUACCUGGAUUUAUUCAUCACAGGUGUGAUUGGGCUCAAUGUCAUCACCAUGGCUAUGGAGCACUACCAGCAGCCAAAGGUUCUUGAUGAAGCUCUGAAGAUUUGCAAUUACAUCUUCACGGUCAUCUUUGUCAUGGAAUCUGUUUUCAAGCUGAUUGCAUUUGGGUUUCGUCGGUUCUUUCAAGACAGGUGGAACCAAUUAGACCUGGCAAUAGUGCUGUUGUCCAUCAUGGGGAUCACGCUGGAAGAGAUUGAGGUGAAUGCCUCACUUCCUAUCAACCCCACCAUUAUCCGCAUCAUGAGGGUCCUGAGGAUUGCUCGAGUGUUGAAACUGCUGAAGAUGGCUGUAGGGAUGAGAGCUCUGCUGGACACAGUGAUGCAAGCACUGCCUCAGGUGGGGAAUCUGGGUCUUCUCUUCAUGUUGUUGUUUUUCAUAUUUGCAGCUCUUGGGGUGGAGCUGUUUGGAGACCUUGAAUGUGACGAUACUCAUCCCUGUGAGGGCUUAGGGCGGCAUGCAACUUUUCGCAACUUUGGGAUGGCUUUUCUCACACUCUUCCGUGUAUCCACAGGAGACAACUGGAAUGGGAUAAUGAAGGACACUCUGCGAGACUGCGAUGAGGAAUCCACCUGCUACAACACCGUCAUCUCGCCAAUCUAUUUCGUAUCAUUUGUGCUGACAGCUCAGUUUGUCCUGGUGAAUGUGGUGAUUGCUGUACUCAUGAAGCACCUAGAGGAAAGUAACAAGGAAGCGAAAGAGGAAGCAGAACUGGAAUUGGAACUGGAGAUGGAAAUGAAGACAAUCACCCCAGGCCAGCAUCCGUCCUCUGACCCUUUCAUAUGGGCAGGCAGUAAUGCAGGAGAAAGACCUGAGAGCCCCGGAGGAUAUGCCAAUCCCAUGCAAAUCAAGGUGGAUUCUCAACUCUCAUUGGUUCAUCCUAUGGAAAGACACUUGUUUGAUACCAUAUCACUGCUGAUCCAGGAAUCUCUAGAAGGAGAGUUGAAGCUGAUGGACAACUUAUCAGGCUCUGUGUGCCAUCAUUAUGCCCUUCCAGCUACUGACAAUUACAACUCUGAGAAACAGAUCCCUCUAGCUGAGAUGGAGGCUCUGUCUCUGACGUCAGAUAUUCUCUCUGAAAAUUCCUGGUCCUUAGCUCUGACGGAUGACUCUUUUCCUGAUGAUAAUAACACACUCUUACUUAAUGCCCUGGAGAGCAAUGCCAAUCUCCCCUCUAGAAAUGACCCCCUGACUCUCUCACCAAGCAAAGAUCUGCUAAGUGUGAGGAAGCCUUCUGUAGGCCGCACCCAUUCUUUGCCAAAUGACAGCUAUAUGUUUCAGGCUCCAGAUACUGGCAUCUACAAUGACUCUUCUGGAGAAAGGAACACAUCACAUCAAAAAUCUCAGUCAGGCUCAACGACGUCAGUGCAAUCUCAGCCUGCAAACAUUGAUGCUCUCCUACAAAUCCCAAGAGAGCUCUUCUACCACCUCAAGCCCCAAUACAAUCCUGACUGGGAAAGCAAAUCCAAAGCCCCUCCACCUGUGCAUUCUCCUUCUGCAGAACGGUUACUUCGCAGACAGAUGGCAAUAAGGAAUGAUUCCUCAGAUACCCAUAGCUCAGAAAGCCGAGAGAACAUCCAUGCCGAGGUGAGUGAGCUCUGUGAUCCAAAUUUGUCAGCUCCAUCCACUGAGGAUCUGUCUGUCACUCUGACGCCCUCAGAAGCAAGAGACUCAGCCGGCUGGGGGCGAUCGAGCGUUCAUACUCAGCAACAUUCCCGCAAUCAGUAUAACAUUUCCAUGCAUGUGCCGGAUUUGUGUGCCUGUACAGACUCCCUUCAAGAACUGCCUGGAGACCCGAUGGACCAAGAAGUAUCAGAAAUAAAUAGCUCUUUUACUUCAGGAACUUGUUCAGCCAUGAGUGCCUCUUCAGUGGUUCAGCCCGAGACCCCUAAGAGAAACGUAGGCAACAGCGGCAAUGUCACUUUGAAGGACCUGAAGAAGUGCUACAGUGUAGAUACACAGGGUCUUCUUAAAAAACCAUCAUCCUGGUUAGAUGAUCAAAGGAGACAUUCCAUAGAGAUUUGCUCCAUGGAAAACAGCCCUCAGCAUCAUUCCACGUCUAGUUCUUCUGGCUUCAUAAGUCAGGUCUUAAGUGAAAUGGAAGGCUUGCAAGGGACGCGGCAGAAGAAAAAACUGAGUCCCCCGUGUAUAUCAAUAGACCCACCUGAUGAACAGAGUUUGUUACUGAGGGGGCCACGCAGCGCCACACUGCCUGCCAGUGCAGACGUUUGCUUGCGAAGACGCGCCCCAUCCUGGGAUUCCAAGGAUUCGGUGGACGCAGGGGACUUGGCCCUUCCAGACAGUAUGUCACUAACUCCAACCCCAAAGAAAGACUUGUUGACUCUUCCUAGCUUUUCCUUUGAUCAAACAGAUGCAGACCCUUGAGUUAGUUUGUUUUCCGUUGUUGGUGCCAAAUGUUUCUUUUCUCCCUCGUGUAAUAAAUUAAACCUUUCCAUUCUAAAAUGGCACUGAUUUCUUAAAAAAAAAUCCAAAGAAAGUUUAAAGAGCUAGCUGGUUUUAAGAGUGGUUAAGCUGUAUCACGCUUACUUAAGCAUAAGUUCUGCUUGGGUAAAAGCAAUACAUUGUUCAGAGUCUAUAUGUAUAUUCUAUUUUAUUAAAUUAAUUGAACCUAGUAUUGCAGGAUGUAGUACAUUUUGUGGCUUAAAGACAUUGUUUAUUUUCUUCUGUUUUAUGUAUCUCAGAAUAUUCCUGAGAUUGCGUUGGUUUUUUUUAAUGAAUAUUUUAACCUUUAAAAAUACAUAUUUAAUCCUCCCCUAUUUUCUUUUCAUUUUGCAAAGCACAAGAUGUAGCCAUUAGUGCAUUACUGAGAAAAUGUGUCCCAUGGUCAACUAGAAAUGAGAAUAUUUGCAAUUAUAAUGUACUUCACUCACUGACCCCUCAACUAUUUUCUGUAGAAAAUAGCCAUUUGGAUAUUUUUUUUACAACUGUAUUGGCAUUAAAAAAAAGAAUAAAAUAAUAUCCAAAAUGA